ACUAGCCGGUUUUGUAUAACCAAGAACAAGUAAACCACAACAUAUAUCGAUAAAUCAGGAUUGUUGAAGUUAGUACGAGCGACCAGUGGGGUGGACAAGAGGAAGGUCGUUUAUUAGCCUCUUCACAAACACCAGUAGACGUUAAAAGAAGUUGUCCGACAGCUUGUUCACAAGAGGCCUCAAGAUCAAGAACUGACCACGCAAACCGAAAUCAUGCCUCGUGGCGAGCCGCCCCCCAAUCCGAACGUGAUCGAUUUCAAGUUCGGGGGCAGAAAGAAGGAGGUAUGGAAGACCAUUCGCGAGGGCUUGGAGAAAGCCACGUUGAAAACGCCCGAAGCGCUGCGCGACACGCUCGUCCUCUUGGCCGAGGUAGCGGGAUCGCUGAAAAAAGCGGACCAAUUUGAGCAGAUCCCGGCGUUGCUGCAGCAGGUGUCCUAUGCAAUGCAAAAGCAUCGUACUCGUGUAAAUCGCAUUACAAAUUCCCCCAACAUUACAAAUUGAAUUUGUGAUGCUGAUUUACCUUGAGAAACCAAGCAGAUUUGUAAUGCAUCAAUGCAAUAACUACGAGUACGAUACUUUUGCACAGGAUAUGUCCGAAAUCGACCCGAAACUGCACGAAAAAUUUUACACCAACAUCUUGCCAAAGAUACAAGAAUGGGCCAGGCAGUUUCCCACUCAUUUCCCCGACCCGGUGCCAAUCCUGCGAGCGGGGAAGUCGGGGAAGGUACAAGAACACGAUUGGGAGUUCUACAGAAGUUGGACUACUUCUUGCACAGGCGCCUAGAUUGAUUUGCAGAAAGAACUACAAGAAGAAAAAAUGCGGUCAUGGAACUACUACUGUAGUAAGUACAUCGGUCGUACUGUAUCAUGACACCUCCUUUGGAUCAUGUUGAAUCCGCAAUAAACAGCAACAUUUCAUCACAACAGGUGACGCUAACAGAAAAGCAGUGUGUCUACCUAUUAGCAGGGGCGUUCUUCUGCAUCCUUCCCGAACCAUAUGCAUUGCGAAAGCAUCGUACUAGUACAAAUUCAAUUUGCAUUACGAUAAAUUAGCGCAGCAUGACAAAUCAAAUUUGUAGUGCAUAUUCGCAAGAAUUAGCACGAGUGCGAUAUUUUUGCAUUGGAUAAACCACUCACCGAUGCGAUUCAGAGUUUGAAUUUUCGAAAAUUUUUCCGUGCAAACGACCACAAGCAAGCGCAGAAGCUGUGCGCGGUGCUGAGGUAUAUAUGAAAUUGAUACUUUUAUUAUCUGCGGUCGUGAUGCAGCAUUCAUGAGCAGGGCAUGACAGAAGGAGUUUCGUAUGCAGUGUGCGCAUGCAAAAGCAAAAGUCAAAGGGACUGGUGCGAUCAAAACCCAAACCAGGUAUUUCGAGCAUCAUAUCUCUCAACUCAAGCCGUCGUUUGAAAGAGAGGAAGAUGAGGAGCUGGAAGCUUUUAUCCUGUACAAAAGUAUCGUAUUCGUAUAAAUGCAAGUCUUGCAUUACAAAUAUUUUUCUUGAGGCAAAUCCGCAUUGCAAAUUUUAUUUCUCAUGCUGAGGAAAUUUGUAAUGCAUUUAUACGAGUACGGUCGGUUUUGUGAUGCAUAGGCUUCAAGGAAAGACAAAAGGAGUUUCGGCAAAAUGUGUACGCCAAGUGGGGCUCGAGGUCACUCACACUGAUCCGGGGCCAGCAUGAGGACGCGGAGGGCGGCGGUGGCGGUGGCAAAAGCGCAAGCCAGUCUCCGGGGAAGAGAAGGUAGUUCUUGAUGUGCAGUUUGUCAUGCUGCAUGACCUGCAUGAAAACCCUCCGGAUUUCUUUAGCUAUAGUUCGAUGAGCCUCAAUCUUGUAACAACCAGGCGGUCCUUCGUCGAGCCUCAUGUGGGAGUUGACAUGUCCUUCUGGUCCGCGACAGAAUGCUCGCUGGACAAGUGCUAUCCAAGAAAAAAAGAUUGCAGGUGUGCUGAACUUGUUUGGAAGAUAGAACACAUUUGGCUUGCAUCAUCACAGCAAUUAAUAGCUCGUCUUCACACCCAGGUAAUUCUAAUUGUACGUGAAGACGCGCAGCUUGGAUUAUGACGCUACAACAACGCAUGCAUCAUGACCUGCAGCAUGACAAACACAAACGCAAUCAUCUUGCAUGUUGCGGCGCAUGAUCACAGAGCUACUUCUUCUUACACCGACAGUCUUUUCUUGAUGGAUACGUGCGAGCUUGUUUUGGAAGAAUCCGGGGACGCGCUCGCCCCAAGGACGAGUGAGGAACUGGUUCGGGUGAUGGAACUGCAGUCGAGCAGGUAGAUCUAUUACUAUGCAUAGCAGGCUUGCCUGCGGUCUUCACGAAUAAAGGUGAGUGCUGUUGUUCCUUAUAUCAUGCACGAUGAUGUCGUGCGUGCGCAUCAUAGAGCCUGCCACGCAAAUCGAGAACAUGUGCAUGACCGUUCGUUAGUACAAUUUCGGGUUUUGAUGGUGCAAAAAUUUUACGACGAAACAAAAAUAAAGGUAUGGCGGCGAUUUUCUCGGGCAGUCCUAUGAUGCGGUUGAGGCCUUUUUUGCCUCCCACGUCCAGGCCAUGGCGUUUUUGCCGUUCAUCGAGAAGGCGGACCUAUUAUGACAGUGCACAACUACUCCCUAUCCCCCUCAUUUGUACUUAUAGCAUGAACGGCAAUACAAACGCCAGCGACCCUGGAGCGUGUGCAUGAGAAAUUUUUUAUGCGCCUACUGUAGUACUGUUCUGGCUUUCGAAAUUUUCCAUGCAAACAGCGCCACAGGGUGGAAGCGACAGCGACUGGAUUUGGGAUUUUGCAUGACAAAUGAGAGGGAGGGGGAGUUGUAGUGCACUGCCAUACUUAUCGAAGGAGUGGCUGUCGGUCCGAUCGGCCCGCAAAACCUGCGAAAUGGGGGAGGACUUUCGGUGUAUACCGCGGGAAGAGGGGUAUUCAGACGGGAGAACAGCAGCGGACCCGGCUUUCUCUGAAGGUAGAGGAAGAGAAGUUGUUUAUUACUACAGAUUGAUGAUGAGACUUCUUGUAGUGUACAACUUGUGAAGAAAAAAAUUGUGCACGCAGCAGCUGCGUUUGCUUCCUUUCAUCUCGCAUAGCAGGACGUAGCAUGAUUCAGGUCUGUAUUAACAAGUGAUAAAGUCUCCACCACGACCAACGAAUGAUCAAAUUGAACCACGUACAUGAACGAAUCAUGAUCAGGUCCGCUUGGCGAGUCUCCCUGUGAAGUAGUUUCCUGCGCUUUCUCUUCGAAAAAAACGACACCGGAGACACUCGACGCCAUAAGAAUAGCGCUGAAGCCGAGAUUAUCGCAGGAAAAAAUGAAAAGGGCUUCACUGUAACGAAUUUGCAACGUUUGCACCUACUUCGCAAAUUUGAUGUAGUUCUACACGACAACAAAAGUACAUUUGCGAUGCGUGUCGCCCAAGGGUGGAAAUAAAACCGGCUUGCAGAAAUGCAGAAGUCGUGCCUUGCAUGUACAACAAGAGAACAAAUACCUCCAUGGUCCAUGCUGUGCAAUACAAGUGUACAGUGAAAAUGAAAAGUCGUUUUUUUCGUGCGAUAGAGGUCCUUUGUGCCCGAAGUGAAAGAGAAGGAAGAGCCAGACGAGGAGGAAGACACCGAUAACCCCGCCCCAGCGGUGGAGGUAAGAAGUGCAUUUUUUUUUGUAUUGCGCACCCAUGCAGCUUAUGCUAUUAACGCGAUUGUCUCACAAAUAAACUAGCUUGCAACUAUACAUUUGAAUUUAUACAAAUUCUAGGCCGCUCCAAAGGAGCCCGUCGACGCAUUUUUCCCCGAAAAGACAAAGCGGGUGGUGGUGCUGCCAUAUUCCUUUCUAACCCACUUGGGGGGAACGAACAUAGACAACCAGAUGGCGUGGGUGCUGCUAUGGUAUAAACUUCGUUUUUCCAAUAUGUUGUCCUGCUGAAUUUCACUUGUAGUUGGAUUUGGAUUUGCAUACAAGCCUCCUAAAGCUUUCAUCUGCGUUGUACUUACACAGCAUGCCUCAUCCCUCCCCGGUGACGAUACUAGAGAGCAUCACAACUACAGCCUGCCCUCGAGACAUCACACCUCGUCUAUCAGAUAUUUUAAUUCGUAUUGUCACUCUGAUCUGAACAAAAGACUCAUCAAACUACACAGGUGGAUUGUUUGCGCCCAAGUCGGCGUGCAGGAACUCCGGGUGUCCACAGCGAAAUGCCAGCUGGACGCGGGGAAAAUGAUAAAGGGCCCCAUGUCGGGUGAAGCGAAGGGGAUGGAGGGACGGCAAUCGGUAACCAUAUGGCGUUCUCAUCUGUAGUUACAUUCUCAGCUGUAGUUACAUGAAUUUGCAAUGCAAGAAGAGCAACAGCCAAGGGGGCAAGCUUGCUGCCCUCGCAUCACAGAUUUGGCACAGAUUUAGAUGCUAUUUAGUCCUUCGGAAAUUUGUCAUGCGAAGCAGCUUGAUUAUCUGGCGGCUUAAGGUAGUUUUGCAUGACAAAUCCAUGUAGCAGUUGAGCAUGUAACGUUUGAGAGUCCCAUAGACCGAAUCGCUCGAGUCGAUCGUGGAACUCGUCCGGACGAAAAACAUCCGCGCGGGUUUGUUGUUACGAGAGUGCACGGCUACCCCCCCUCCCCCUUAUUUGUCAUGCAAAAAACCAAAUCCAGUUGCUCCCACGUAGCACUGCAUGCAUGAUAAAAAAUGCCGAAAUUCCAAACAGUGCUUCAACACUCGGCGCAUGAUGAACUUGUCAUGCACAGGGUCCACCUGUAGCUGUAGCUGUACUGAUGUUUGUAUUGCACUUCACGCCAUGCAAAUGAGGGGAAGGGGGAGUUGUGCACUCUCAUAGUUGUACGCGUUGCUGCACGAGUACCGGGUCACUUCCACGAACUUGAAAAACCGACGGGAGCCGCUCUCCGCCUGGAUACAGACGACGCUGUUAUUUGGAAACUAGGAGCGAGUUGUUUUCUUGCAGCUGCUGACGUCGGUGGUGGAUUCACUACUUCAGCCUGAAGAGCCUGAACUAACUUGUACCAACAUCAUCGGAUAAAAAUCCUCCAAUGAGAAAUAAAAGAACCUGAAUAGUAAAAUAAACACACACAGUCGACGUCGAGAUGAACGUGUGGUCGUCUUGCCGUGUUGUAAGUAGUCUCAAUAGUCAAAGCGAUGUCCUCCCACCUUCACGUGCAGAAGAUACGCACGUGUGGAAGGGAGUACCAGGGUCGAGAUGAGAAGAUCUCGAACUAAGUGGAAGAAGAUUUUUUUUCACGCAAAUAACCUGUUGCACAGUCAGCAAUACAAGUGCUGCUCUACGG